AUGACAUCAACCUUCAUUCUGCUGUUCUUCUUUCAGUGUUGCUGUGUCUCAGGACACCUUUGGUUAGGAUAUAACUUCAGUCCUAUGGCUAACCUGGCAUUGAAGGUUUCUGUUGAUGGAGUCAACAGGCAGUCCAGCAAUUUCAACCUGCACAGGCCAACUAGAAGAGUGGUCCAGCAGAUCACACUGGUACGUCAAAAUACGUAUGAUAUCCUGCUUGAUUUCGGAAUAAAGGAGACAGUCUGUCUGAAAUACGCCAGGAGAACAUACAUGCAUAGUUGCCUUUUCAAACGUGGACGUUUUGCGUCUGAGGAAUCGUGCUCGAGUCUCGCGCGUGUUGGCAGCAUGUCUGUAGCUCCUCUGGGCAUCAGUUGUAUUGCUGAUACAGCUGCACUUGGGUCCAGCUCAGAGUCCAGCAGUGAAGAGGUCAUUCUCCGGGGCACAGGACAGGCUCCACUGGGCUUUUUCUCUCCAGGAAUAAUUCUAUGUCAAGGAAAGUUGGACUGUUCCAGAUUACUGCUUUGAUUUCAUAAAACGUGAUUAAAACAGACAGACAGACCCCCAGUUGAUGCUUCAAAUAAAGCAAUAACCUUUGUUGAGCUUUAAACAAGAUGCAUUUUCAAUCAACUCCUUAUCUCUGUGCACAUUUCUGUGGUAAACACACAUGAACUGUAAUGAAAUUAAAUGUUUAGUAGUUAAUUGCUGUGGUAUAGCUGUGAUCUCUUGAUUACCGCCCAAGGAACAUUCUUUUACAGUUUAAUCACUCACAUAAAAUUAUGCAACACUUAAGUGUAUAUUUUAAAACCGUAUACACGCAUUAUGAAGAGUUUUCUAUCAUUGUUAUUCAUUGUAAAUCAGAGGAUUUACCAUAAUAAGCUUUUAAUUGUAUGAUAAAUUCCCAUCAAAAUAACAAGAACUUGGACAACAUUCUGUGUGAUUUACACAUUUAUAUUGUUCAGUUUAAAUGUAACAGACAUUUACUUCCCCAUUUAUUUUACUAAAGGUUCCUGACUUUAAGAAACAGCAUUAGCUCUGUACUCCUCUCUGUAAAGAGAAAUGUAUCUGUUCCUAUAUUUCAUUGCUUAGCCUUUCAAAACAGAAGGAUUUUUUUGGAGAUGCAAAA